UACCACCAGACCAAGCACACAAAUUGUGUACCCUUAUCAUGUUGAUAAGUAGAGUUAAUACUUUUUCUUGAAAAGUAAGUAACCCAAUAAAUACCCAACUCUCAACAUCCAAACAUGUUCCCUUUAUUUAUUUUUAUUUAUUAUAUAACCUUCUAUACUCUCUCCCUCUCUCUCAUCAUCUCUCAGAUCCAUCACCCUUUUCAUGUUACCUAAUGCCGGAAAUCCAAUACGCCGGCGACGAAUCCACGUCGGAAAAAACCCUCUUCGGAAAGUACGAGGUCGGCCGCCUCCUGGGCUACGGCGCGUUUGCUAAAGUCUAUCACGCGCGUGAUGUACACACAGAACAAAGCGUUGCAAUUAAAGCUAUCAACAAACAAAGAAUUAUUAAAGGCGGACUCGCAGCGAAUGUUAAGAGGGAGAUUUCUAUCAUGCGCCGUUUGCGCCACCCGAAUAUCGUGCGCCUGUUAGAAGUUUUAGCCAACAAAAAAAAGAUAUUUUUUGUUUUAGAAUUCGCUAAAGGCGGCGAGUUGUUUAACAAAGUGGCGAAAUCACGGUUCAGCGAAGAUCUCAGCCGUAGAUAUUUCCAACAGUUGAUCUCAGCCGUUGGUUAUUGUCACUCACGCGGAAUUUUCCACCGGGAUUUGAAGCCAGAAAACUUACUCUUGGAUGAAAACUGGAAUUUAAAAGUUACCGAUUUCGGAUUAUCUGCUGUCACGGAGCAGAUCCGACCCGACGGACUCUUACACACGCUGUGUGGAACGCCUGCUUACGUGGCACCGGAGAUAUUAUUGAAAAACGGUUACGACGGAGCUAAGGUGGACAUCUGGUCAUGCGGAAUCAUUCUGUUCGUGUUGAAUUCCGGUUAUCUUCCGUUCAACGAUCCAAAUCUCAUGGUGAUGUAUAAGAAGAUUUGCUCCGGCGAGUUUCGCGUGCCGCGGUGGACCUCGCCGGAUUUGAAACGGCUGCUGUUUCGGCUGUUGGACACAAAUCCGAAAACGCGAAUAACCGUAGAUGAAAUCAUUAACGAUCCGUGGUUCAGAAUCGGUUACACGGAGGUCAAAUUUCAUCACGAUUACUUCGAAUUGAAAGACGACGAUGACGAUGAUGAUGCCGUUGCCGUUGCCGAUGCUAACGAUUCAUCAUCCGAAGGAUCGGAAUUAUCCUCCGGCGGAGAUAAUUUGAAAAUAAUGAAUGCGUUUGAUAUAAUUUCGUUUUCUUCCGGUUAUAAGCUGUCUGGAUUGUUUGAUGAGCAAGAGGACGGUGAGCGGUUUCUGUCGGAGGAGUCGCCGGAGAAGAUAGUUGAGACGGUGGUGGCGGUGGCGGAGGGGGAGGGGUUGACGGUGGUUGUACGGAAGCAGUGGUGUGUGAAGGUUGUUGGAGGGUAUAAAUGUAAUUUCGCAAUGGUUGUAGAGUUAAAACGGUUGACGGAACAACUGGUGGUGGUGGAAGUUAGGGUGAGAGAAAGUGAAGUGGGGCCCAGUAAUCGUAUAUGGAAAGAUAAAAUCAGACCGGGUUUCUUAAAAAAUAAUUUGUUAUAUAAAACCGGACCGGCCGGUUCUUGAUGAGUCAUGAGUCACGAGUCGCGAGUUAUAUUCAAUUAUUGGCGUUUGCUUGAUUGGUUCUUCUUGGCACCUUCUCACGCCAUGAUGUUUUGUCGAUAUACAGAAUUCAAUUUUUUAAUUGGAAGUAUAUAAUAAUUUACUUGCAAAUAAUUUUGUUUUUAUGUUAUAUUAUUUAAUAGGUUUUAUAGUGAA